AUACCUGAGCGUCUAAUUGACACAGAUUAUGGUGCAUCUGAAAAUGAAGUGAAUCGUGAGGCUAACUAAGGAUGGUUAAAACUUCAGUGUAUAACUCCCAGUUUCUUUAAGAACCAAUUCUUUUAAUUCAGAAUGGAUACAAAGACUUGAAAUGUUCUACACGGACGACACCAUACAAAAUGUCUUCUUCAGUGAAUAAGACCGAAAUGUAUUGGACCUAAAUCGACCUGCUCUUGCAGUUCGGAUUUUCUUCAUGCAGACGAAAUGGACGGCGAAUGCACGGAGUGGAUAAAAGUGACUUUAACUUUGUUAUGUUGCUUUGUUUUUCUCGUAAUUGGACUGACUGUGAUAUUAGCAGCUGUAGGAAAAUCGCUUGGAAUAAGAAAAUUGUACACACGGACUUUAAUUCAUAUUUUUGAGUUUGGGAAGACUAAGAUAGAAAGAUAUGAAAAAAAGAGACACCCUAGAGAAGAGAAAGCAUCAGAAAAUCAUGACCACGAUGAUGAUGGCUCCGACAAGUCUGACAGAGAAACGACUGAAAACGAAGGAGAGCUUUUGAUACAGCGAGACAUAGCAAUAGACGCCUACCAGGGUAUACGCAUUCCAUCUAACCGGCCGGAUUACGACCUUACUAACCUGAAGAAGGAAUUCCAUGUGUCUGAUAUCAUGUACUUUGCAAAAUGUGGGGUUGAGGCUAUUAUUGAAGAUGAAGUCACUAAGUGUUUCUCAGCUGAAGAAUUACGCACAUGGAAUUUUCUAACCAGAACUACGCAUGGCCACCAAUUUAUAAGUGUUCGCCUGACGGUUUUAUGGUGGUUGGGAUGUUUAUUUAGAUACCUCUUUCUACCGUUUAGGUUGAUACUGUUAGGAAUGGGCCUAAGUUGGUUACUGUUAAGUACAGCUGUUAUAGGCAUGCUUCCUGAUAUAGCACUAAGAAGAAGAUUAAAUAAGUAUGCAUCAUUAGUCUGUCACAGAAUCCUGUGUAGAGCCUGUUCUGCGGUCGUCACAUAUCAUGGCAGAGAGAACAUGGUAAAGAAUGGAAUCUGCGUAGCUAACCACACGUCCCCCCUAGAUGUCAUCAUCCUCUCCUGCGAUAACUGCUACUCUCUGGUUGGACAGAGACAUGGGGGCUUUCUUGGUUUGGUCAUGAAGCUAUUGGCCCGAACUGCUGAUCACAUCUAUUUUGAAAGGUCGGAGGUUAAAGACAGGUUUAUUGUUGCUAAAAGAUUAAGAGAACAUGUAGAAGAUAAAAAUAAAUUACCUAUUUUAAUCUUUCCAGAAGGCACCUGUAUAAAUAAUACGUCAGUAAUGAUGUUUAAGAAGGGCAGUUUUGAAGUCAGUGAUGAUAUCUAUCCAGUGGCGAUUAAGUAUGAUAAAAGAUUUGGAGAUACUUUUUGGAACAGCAGUAAAAUGGGAAUGGUUCAGCAUAUCUUUGACCUGCUAACAAGCUGGGCAUUAGUAGCAGAAGUGUGGUACCUGCCUUCCAUGCAUAGAAAUGAAAAUGAGAGUGCAGUUGAUUUUGCUAACAGAGUGAAGAAAGAAAUUGCAAGACAAGGUGGUCUGGUAGAUUUAUCAUGGGAUGGUCAGCUAAAACGAAUGAAAGUCAAAGAGUCGUGGAAAACGAAAACUCAGGAUGACUUUAGCAAAAUUCUAAAAGUCGACUGAUUGUGUUCACUGCUGGGGGCAGGCACUAGUUAUUUAGGCAUUAGUUGUUAAACUGUUGUAAAAAGGUAUUUGGUGCAUAUUAUUACAUAUAGACUUAUUUGUACAUAGUCUUGUUUAUUUUGUUGAGUGUUGUUUUAUAAUUUGAUUUGUUACACAGUCUGUUAGAUCUUUAGUAUUAUUAUACUUUCAUGUAAAAUACUCGAACCUGAUUGGUCGAGAAGCGUUUGAAAAAACAUAUUGUUACCCUCUGAGAACAGAAAACACGUGACCCAGGGUGAUAGUAUCUAGCAACGGGUAACAGUACUUGACAACGGGUGAUAUUAUAAAAAAUUAUCACAUGCGUCAAAUUUAUGCGUGUACGGUUCGCCGUAGAUUGCUAGACGACGUCGUUUGAGCGUUUGUAAUAAACGCGAGUACCCGCAUCGAAAUACGAAAUAUCGCAUGACAGUGAUUGAUCAAAUGUCAACAGACGUAAGUUUUUCUGCUUUCCAGUUUACAUAAUAUUCAGUAUAAUAAAACAAAUAUUGCAUGUAGUUGAGGGUAACAUUGAAAUUUUCACCCCUCGAGAAAUCAUUGUCAACCUCGGCUACGCCUCGGUUGACAAUGGUUUUCUCGGAGUGAAAAUUUUCAAUGUUACCCUCAGCUACAUGCAAUAUUUAUAUAAUAGCAGAGAAUGUAAUUAUGUCAUAAAUACUUCAAGUUAUUAAGCUGUUUGUAUAUUUAGUAAUAGCAGAUAUAAAUGUAAUUAUGUCAUAAAUACUUCAAGUCAUUACGCUGUUUGUAGUAAUUUUUUCCCUUUGUACUUACUGUUUUUUAUUAUUAUUAUUAUUGUUUUUUGUCUUUAGGACAGAGAGAUUGUUAUAUAGACUUUUGUGAAUAAUCUCUGUAGAAUGGUGAUUUCAGUAUAACUGACGAGGCCUCUUAACCUGGACAUGAUCAUGCAGUGUGUAACAAAAAAUAGUAAAAUUUCUCCAUGUAAAAAUAUGUCCUCAAUACUGGCUGAACAUUAUGAAUAAUACAUCUCAAGAGGCACUUGAUCCAUUCAUCCAAAUAGGAUGUCUCACUAGUUCAAUGCCCCAUCAAGCCACUAUGUCAGGAAAUGUUAUUAUUGUUCAAUAUUCAUCAGAUGUCGUCUUCAUUGUCAUAUGUAUGGUACUUUCAGAAAGAGAAAGUAAGUCUGAAAGGUUAAAGUCCAAUUAAUAGCAGUUAUCUUAGCCUCUUAAAGGCAUUCACUGUGAUCUUAGGUGCAAAUAGGAUUCAAAUCUGUAAUCUUCUAGGCUCAACAUUUUUUCAGCAAAUUGACAAAUGUGCCAACAUUUACAAACUGUCAUAUUUAGCCAUUUUUCCAAAUGCAUUUGACCACUACUUGUUUUUAUAAGUGCUUAUUUUGAUGUUAAAUAUAUUUCAAUGUUUACGAUUGUCCGAGUCAUAUGUUUGUACAUAUUUAUAAACUCUAACACUGUAUUUGCCCAAUGAGAGAUCCUGUACUUUUAACACAGAAAUAAGAAGUUUAGGGGGGGGGGGGGAUUCUUAAUUCUGUGAUAUUUAUGCAGGGGCAUAGUAUAUACUCAAAUGGAAAACAUGCAUUGUUUUACUACAGUUUUUUUUUGUUGAACAUUCAAGGCUAAUUCAUCUUGUAAUCAUUUAGUGGGAAAGAGUGUAAAGUUCCGUUAUAUCUUGUACAUGUGUAUACUUUACAUGCAUGUAGUCUCUUUAUAGCCAUAUUCACAGAAAGGUUGGAAAACUUAUUCUUUACAUUUACACUGUACAAAUUCAGUCACUGAGUUCAGGUAAAAAAUUAAGUCCUCUCUGCGUCAUUCUGUGCUAUAACGCCACAAAUAUAAUGCCACAGUUAUAUAACACCACAAAUAUAACGCCACAAAUAUACAUGUAUUCCUUUUGUAGUUUGUGUAAAGUGGUCAAAUUUGUGUUAAGAGGUUGUGGUAUCUUAUUACAAGAUCUAUCCACAUCGGAUUAAUAGCACUAUGAAAGGUACCUCGUACUCUCCCCAAAAAAAUACUGCUCAGAGUGAUUUAAUUUUAUUGUGACCAAUCUAUUUUGUAGUACCAUUUAGCAGGUCGGAAUUUUGGUGAUUUGCUGGUUCUAUGCUAAUAAUUUUAACAGAAUAAAUUUUGGCAGACAAGGAAGAGUUAUCUCUCAUGCAAUAACUGAAGUCAUAAUGGGGUGAAAUCUUGGCGGAAAGUAACCACUAAAAUAAACCAAAUUUAUCACCCUGCAGAAAAAACAUGUGGCAUAUGCUAUAUUUUUACGUGUAGCAUACAAGGUAAUUGUGGCAAGUAUUUGCUUUCUUUGAUGAAUCAUUACAAACAGUAAAAAAAAAAUUUUCCUUGAGAACAACAAUAGUACCACAUUACUUUCAUAUCUGAACUUCCAAUAACUUUUUAGGAUCAUUGUAUAUGUUUGAAAAAUCAUAUUUCACAAUUUAACACCGAGUUCAAUUUUCAUAGUGCUAUUGCAAAAUGUACAGUUUGUUUUUUAUGAUUGGUUAUACUGUGUGAUGGACAUUCCAGAAUUCAUCGUUAUUGAUUUUAUCAUCUUCAUUGAUUUGGUCCAGUAUGUUAGCGUAUUUGUUUGAUGAAUAACGAAUUUAAGGUAAGGUUUGCAACAUUUUGACAUGUAGCGAACAAAGUCAUGUUGCAUAUCAGUAUGUUCAGUAGGAAUUUAUCUUUUAAAAAUUGGCUUUUUAAAAAAAUUGCCUGUGUCGGUUUUUGACCAGAUGGGCUUAUUUUUGUGAUGUUUUACAUUUUCAGGAUUAUAUAAUUGUACAAAAGGGAAUACUAGUAGUAUAAAAACUACUCAAGGCAACUUUAUAGGGUAAAAAGCUGGUGAAAUUUUUAAAAAGGGUGUUAUCUAUAAGAUUAUACUAAAUGGUAGAAAUUUUUUUAUUUUAAAACACAAAAAUAGCAUUUUUUAUAUCUUGAAUAAAAUUUAAAUUGGUUGCCAUGGCAACAAAAAUGCAUAUUGAGCAGCUUUACAAGGUCUACGUCAGAGAAAUUUCACUUUAAACAUAAUAUUUGGACCAUAAACAUUUAAGAAAACAUAGAAUUACUACCCACCGGGCUUUGUUUCCAUGGUAACAGAUUGAAAAGAAUAAUUUCAUAUAUGCAAUUUGUCACUUUGUUUUAUAAUUGUACAACAUUUGAAGAGUGCAUUGAGCAUUUUCAUGAAUAAGAUACAAUUCCAGCCCAAAAAUGAUAUUUAUAUUUAAUUGUCGAGUAUUGUAGUAUCACAUUUGAGGUUUUUUUCUGAACACAAUACAAUAUUUUCAGUAUCCCGUGACAGGUUUUCCACGAUCCUUCUUCGUCAUAGAUUCAUUGUUACAUUAGCCCGAACCUGUCUUAUAUAUACUACAUCUCUGAAAUAAAUUUCCUCUUCUUGUUCCAUUGCUUGAUGUUUGUUUACAUAGUUGGACAUACAACUGUAAUAACCUUCGCAACAAUAUAAAGCCCAGUCAGUGGUGGAUCUAGAGGGGUGGGGAGGGUAACAUAAAGUUAGUAAAAAUGGCACUAAUAAAUCUGUUUGAUAUGGACGUUAUACAGAUGUUCCUCAGUCAAAAUUAAGACUAUGUUAAGAUAUACUAGAGAAGACCCUUUUUUAUUCUUACAUGAUCAUAUCAGUCGCGUUUUCUACAUUUCAAAGUUCAUGCAAUAAAUCGUUCCAUCAGCGAAAGUAGAUGUCAUAGCAUUGAAAUAAAAUGUGGAUGUCAUAGCAUUGAAAUAAAAAGUGCAUGUAAUUAGAGAGCAUUGUCGGGUUUAUUUUUUAAAAAAAUGCUUGGGAAUAAAAAUUCCUAGCAUCGUUAAUGUCGAACCUUGUCUUUGAGGAUACUAUUCACAAACAAUGAUUGAUUAUGACAGCAUAAAAAUAAAUCCUACUUUCCCUAGAAAGAUUCGCAGAGAUUACAUGGUCACAACAUAAUAUUAAUGGAAAUUAACCGUAGCUCAUACUACAUAUAUGGAUAUAUAAAAAAUUGUAGACUUUUAUCAAUGAAAAUGAUCAUUUGAGAAACAUUAUUAUUUUUUUGUCAUAGAGAUUUACACAUACCCCGCUUGACACUUGAUAGCGGUAGUAGAUAACAAGUAAAUUAUAUGUCAUUUUCCCUCGAUGCAUCUAUGAUGUGACAUAUUUUUUCAUUAUGACGUCAUAAAGCGCGAAGUGCAUUGAGGUAUAUCAAGAGUUAUCUCCCUGUUGUUGCAAACCUUACCUUAAAUGACAUGAAUUGGUGCUUACAGAUGUUGAUAAUCUAUGUGAUCAUGUGAAUUCAAUUUCAUAUUUCAAAUGUAUACACACACGUCGUCGUCCUAAAUCUUUUAAGUACAAGCUAUGUGUAAACUAUGUAAAAGAUGCUUAUUUAUUCUUGAUUUAAUUAUACAUUCAAACUUUGUUCUCUCAAACUCAAUGGGACCGAGAAAAACUUCCCAAGAUAUCAGAGAAUUCAAGAUAUAGAGGGUAAAAUACUUGUAGAAUAAGUGUUUGGGACAUCCGAAUCACUUUGACAUAUCCAUGGUAUUCAAGAUAUCGGUGUUGGAGAUACCGAAGUUCACCAGGUCCUAUAUAUCCAAAACAGGCAAAUUAACUACAUAAAUUGAUGUUAACCGAUAGGUGAUUGGACAAUGGGAUUCAUUGUAGUAUUGUAUUCUUUAUUUUGCGUAUACAUGUAUAUACUUCCAUGUAAAUUACUUUAGUCAUCUAAAUGUUUCUGUAAUUUGUAGAAGUUGUGCUGUGUAUUUAUGAUUCACAUGUGGAUUAUUGUAUUCAUUCAUUACAUGAAGAGCCUGUAAAACUUUGUUAUGAAUUUUUGUUUCUGGAAAUUUACUAAAAUCCAUUAACAUCUUUGUAAUGGUUUCAUUUCUGUAAAUGUUUCCCUUCCUAGGUUGUAUAUUACACACUGGUGGAUGUAGUUAGUUCACCAGUUAAAGAAUUUUUAUGCCCUCGAGAUCGAAGAUCAUGGGGCAUAUUGUUUUUGUCCUGUCUGUCAUUCUGUCUGAAACUUUAACAUUGCUAAUAACUUUUGAACAACAAGUGCUAAAGCUUUGAUAUUUCACAUGAAUAUUCCUUGUGACAAGACCUUUCCAUGGGUACCAACAUUUUUUACCCCGUGACAUUAACCUUGGAGUUUGACCUACUUUUUAAAAAAAAAUUAACCUUGCUAAUAACUUUUGAACAGUAAGUGCUAGAGCUUUGGUAUUUCACAUGAGUAUUCCUUGUGACAAGACCUUUCCAUGAGUACUAAACCUUUUCACCUACUUUUUAAAAAUUUGACAUUGGUCAUAAUUUCUAAAUGGUAAAUAUUAGAGCUUUCAUAUUACACAUGAUCAUUUCUUGUGAUAAGAUCUUUCUACUGGUACCAAGGUAUUUGUCCUUGUGAUGUUGGCCGUCUUUGGAAUUGACCAUUAUCAGGGGCAUUUGUGUUUCACAAACACAUCUUGUUUUUUUUUUUAAACAUGUACAGCUGAUUUAUUGACAAUUUAUAACUUUUUUUGUUUGCAACUGCACACAUACAAAAAACACAACACACACACAAACCAACAACACCCAUAUGCCCCAAAAUGUCAGAUCUGUUAAAGAAGUACAAGGUCAAGAUACAACAGGGAAAUUAUACUGAAACACUAAAAUGACCAAGAACACAGUAAAAAUUGGUCAGGACAAUUCAUAGAAGUUAAUUAGUUACAUGUGGGAUAAAAAUAAUACAAUGUGGAAAAAAUAAGGCCACUUUCUGGACUUUUUGGGUUUUUUUUGUUUUGUUUUGUUUUUGGAUUGUAGUUAUAAAUGCUUUAAAUUCAUCUGGUCAGUUGGAUAUACUGUGAAUAGUAGGCCAAAAAUUUGACCAUUUUCAUUGGUCAUUUUUGUGCUUAAUAUAUAUUUAUAUGCGUGUAUAAUGUACAUUGAUUUCAUGCCUCAAUAUAAUGGGUAAUAUGAAUUCUGUUUUCUUUUGUCUUUCAUGAGAAAUCAACAGAUAAGGAUUCUAGAUAAGCACUUGAAUAUACAUAUAUAAGGUAUGACAUAUGGCUUAAAAUGUAAGAGUUCCCAGAUCCUAUUUGCUUACAACUUUCAUUUUUCAGAGGGAAUAAUGUAUACUCUUUAGGUGAGAAACAAUACCCAUUUAAAAAUAAAACGAUCAAGUCAGUUUUGGGCAAAAAAAUUGUGAUUGUUUAUAUGAAAAGGCUUGUUGGUAUACAAUUGCACUGGUGCAGGUAUCUAAAAUUUGGGUGUUGCUAAUAAUAAAAUAUACUUUAUUAGUCCCCUACCGACAAAGUCUAAGGGGACUUUAUGUCUACGCUCUGUCUGUCUCUGCAAAUCAGUUUUCUGGACCUUUUUUUUUAUGUGCUUGCAGAUAUUCAUUUGAUAUUUGGUACAUUGCUUUGCCAUAACAAGUUACCGAUCAAGUUCGAAUUUUGUCUCUGUCCAUGAUCGAGUUUUCAUUAAGUUAUGGCCCUUGGACUUGGAAAAAUCGCACAAAUUAUCAGUUUUCCGGACUUUUUUUUUGUGUUUGCAGAUAUUCAUUUGAUAUUUGGUACAUUGCUUUGCCAUAACAAGUUACAGAUCGAUUUUGAAGUUUUCCUUGUCUAGUCUUUGUACCUGAAUAAUAGUCGAUUUCCAAACACUCCCAAUCUUCCCUUUUACCAUAACCUUAUUCUCAUAAUGAAGUUCGAAAAUUGUUGCAGUCCAAUAAUUUUUGCCUCCGGUAGGGGACUAUGUAUUGCUAUGUAAUAUUCUCAGAAUGCUUGUUUUAAUUAAAAUCAAAAUUGUAGGAAUUUGUUUACUAGCAAUAUAACAAAUUUUAUCUAAAAUUCUGCACCAUUAAAUGAAUAAGCUAUAAAGUGAAUGUUUGUAUACAAGUUUACAAAGCGUUUUACAGGAGUCUUGGAAUUUCGGCAAGGACAGAGGUGUUAGCGAGCAGUGACGAAUAUGGAUAGAAAAUGGAAAGAACACGUGUUUACAGACAACAACCCACCCCCGCUCAUUGUCUCUCUUUCUCUCGCGGCAAAACAUCUAUAAAGUACUAUAUGUACACACAAUACAGGAGAAAGAUGAAACAGCUGCUUCAUCUUUCUCCUCCUGUGUUGUGUGUACAGAUAGCUUCAUCACGUGAUGUUCUCGCUGAAUACUGCGACUACGGCGCCCUUCAUAAUGAUCUCAUCCCGAGACCGAAUAGUCGUUGAACUAAGGGACAGAAAACUGUCAAGAAAUUACAAUGUGAUCCCAAACUUAGUCUAAAGUCAGACAAAAUGAUACUCGCAAACAGCUUCUUUCAUUACCAGCAUGGACGUGCUAUAAGAUUCCAAAGGGGGAAAAAAACGGUACUCAAAGACAACCAGCCCGGACGAGUGAUACAAGCUUUACGAACAUUAACACCUUCAAAUGAUAAAGACAACUAGAGCAAAGCUCGUUGCAAAGCAACGAGAGGUCUUCCGUCGGAGCUGUGUGACAUAAAAACCUUGAACUUGACCAUAUGUCCUUGGGUCAGGUCCUAAUGCAGCCUCAAUUAACAUGAAAAUCUGUUGUAAGUAUGAAAUCUAAAUGUUUCUUCAUUACAGCAUAUGGUCAGGACAGGGUUUGUAUUUUCAAAAAAGUGAACUUGACAAUAUGAGCAUGGGUCAAGGCCAGGACACUUUCUUUGAUCAUAUGGAAACCUUUCUUUCAGUAUUAAUUAAAAUUUGCCAUUAGUUAGAUCUAUUAAGACUCUAAUCAAUUUUUAACUUUUAGACCUUUAGAAAUGGUGCAAAUGACCUUACAUCAAGAUUAUUUAUGUUAUUGUCAUUAAUAAUCUUUAUGUGAAGAUUGAGCUAAUUAAAAACAUAAUUUUCUGUAAAUCGUUGUGUUUGCAAAUUACAUUAAAACGGUAAUGUUUUUGUGUGUACAUGUAUUGCCGCUGAUCGCUGGUACACAUGCGAUGGCUCCGAACUCGGGCAAUCGAGCCAUGGGUUACGUAAUUGUAAACAAGAACAAACCCCGGUGUGUAUGUAAAAUGCUUGCAGUUAAUGACUGAAUGAAAUGAGACUGAUUCGAUGUGGAUUUCUGAUGAUUUUCUAUACAUGUUUAGAGUUGGUAUAAUCAUGAUAAGAACCCGUGAUUUAAAAAAUAAAGUUUAUAAAUUAUUUGUUAUGCUUACAAAAAGGAUCCAUUUUUUUCACUUUGUAGAGAAUGCAGAAAGCUUGUGUAUCAACUGGCUAAAGUAUAGUUAAAUCACAGAUUGCUUGUGCACAUGUGAUGAAUCUCCAAAAUUAAACACAAUAAGACGCUUGAGAUGUAUAUAUAUAUUUGGGGCGCUCUUGCCUUUUUCAUUUCACUUAUAAAAACCGCAUCUACUUGCACGCAUGAUUGUAUUUAGAUGAAAUGAAAUGAACCGACAAAUAAAUCCUUCUGUAUGCAGACAAUUAUAAGUUAAUAAAACUUAAAACUACUUCAUUUUAUUUAGUACGAUUUUUUCUGACAAUUAGAAACGUCACAUACCCUUACCGUAAACUUAUUGUGAGGAAAAUGACAACCCGAUAAAUAAUCAGGAAAAUUGUGUAGGUUUUUUUAAAUGUAUGUAUAACUUGACACAAAUAUUAUGAGGUCCAUUGAUCACUAACUCGAAAUGUUUGCGGUAGCAUCUUUACAAUUACUUUAUAAUUGAAAUAAAACAUAAUAUAAUUGUUAAUUAAGUAUGAUAUAAUGUAAAAGGAUUCAAAAUGAUUUCAAACAUAAUUUUCCAGUAAUUGAUGUGUUUAUUUAUGCGAUGGGCGAAAGCCGAGUUAGCUUCGAUGUUUUUGUUUUGAUUAUGCAAGCUUAUCACUCUGGCCACCUGCGAGCGAGGCGAGAGUUGGGUUACAUAACUGUAUAAACAACGCUGACCGUGAAGAAUGUAAACAGCUUGCAGUUAUUGACCAUGAUUUAUUUUACGUUUGAACGUUUUAUUUUUAUGUAUAUUACUUAUUUUAAUUCUAAUAUGAAACAAAUAAAAGAUAAUUUAUCUCUC